AUGAUACCAUUGAUACCCGGCUUCCCGAUGUCCCCAAAGCCUCAAAUACCUAUAAGGAGAAGAAGUAGAUAUGUACCUAAUCCUUAUGGGAUACAAUAUCAUGAGUCAUUUAAUUUUAAUGACCAUCGUUUUUUAAAGUAUUUACGAAACCCAACGGCAUAUGAACUUAGCCGUUUAGGGUUAAAUAUUAUUAAAAAACCGGAAAAUUCCGAAUAUGCCAGUUACGUAUCAAGAUUAAACUCGUUCACAACAUGGCCUACGUGUAUGAGACAGACAAAAGAAGAAUUGGCCGAUGCUGGUUUCUAUUACAUCGGAAUCAAUGAUUUCACUACCUGUUACCAAUGUGGACUAGGUAUAGGAAAUUGGAAACCAGAAGAAGAUCCAUGGGAACAACAUGCAAUUUCGUCUCCCACCUGUUGUUACUUAUUAACAAUAAUGGGUUUCGAAUAUGUUAACAAUGUAACAGGCCAGCAGUUAUAUGAAACCUCUCCAAAAGUACCAACACAAAUUGCGAAUGGGAAUCCUAAGAGAUCCAAUAGUGGAAAUGAUACUAAUGAAAUGACUCUCGUUCAGAAAGUUGCUGCUGCGAAGGAAAAAAAUCGAGCAUUGAAAAAUGCUCGUUUAUGUAAAGUUUGCACGGAACGAGAAACAACGAUUGCAUUCCUACCUUGUGGACAUGCAGCAACCUGCGAUUACUGUUCACAAGCUUUCUCGCAAUGCAUAAUUUGCCAAGGAGAAAUUAAAGCAACGAGCCGUAUCUUUUUGACAUUAGUUUUGUAUCCUGUGUACUUCACACACUUUGUACAGCCAUUUACACACAGCGAAAACUCAGAUAAAAAAGAUGGGGGAAAAACAGAAGAGAAUCGCAAAGCAGUAGCACCAACUCUGGAUGUAGGAACUAGCGAUCAUACCAACAUGACAUUUAUCUCAACAAAAGCCAGUGUAGGUUUCGAGCUCAGAAUCUUUGGUGCCUAA